AUGUCUGGUCAAACUAUCGCUAUUCUUAUGUACUCUACCUAUGGCCACGUUGCCCAACUCGCUGAGGCCGAGAAGAAAGGUAUUGAAGCCGCCGGUGGUAAGGCUGUUAUCUAUCAAAUUCCCGAGAUUUUGUCUGAUGACAUCUUGGCCAAGAUGCACGCUCCCAAGAAGCCCAACUACCCCGUCGCUACUACUGAGACCUUGACCCAGUACGACGGUUUCCUCUUUGGCUAUCCCACCCGUUACGGUACUCCCUGCGCUCAAUUCCGUGCCUUCUGGGAUGCCACUGGUGGUCUCUGGGCCCAGGGUGCUUUGCACGGUAAGUACUUUGGUCAAUUCUUCUCCACCGGUACUCAAGGCGGUGGUCAAGAAACCACUGGCUUUACUGCCUUGACCAGUUUCAUCCACCACGGUAUGAUCUAUGUUCCCUUGGGCUACAAGAACACCUUUGGCAUUGCUUCUGACUUGGGCCAUAUCCAUGGUGGCUCUGCUUAUGGUGCCGGUACCUACGCUGGUGCUGACGGCAGCCGCUCUCCUUCUGAUCAAGAAUUGGAGUCUGCUACCAUCCAAGGUGAGACCUUCUACCGCACCGUUUACCGUGUUUAG